AUGCCGGGCGUCGUAAUGGACAAUGCUACUGUUGGAGGGCCCAGACGGGCCUCGGAAUCCCCUGAUAACGUGAGCAGCACUCCAUUUCCACAAGAGCGCGUCAAUCAGUCGGGUGAUUCUGGUGAUCGAAGAAACAGGUCGAUAUUUCACAACGGAGCAGUCAAAGGAGCACAGGGUCCUGGUCAACAUAUAGAGACGCACACCGGCAAAGAUGGGAUUAAUGAAAGCGAAGGUUUGCCUGAGUUGGCCCACAUCACGCAGGGUUUCUUCCCAUUUUCAACACUCGUCAAUAGAUCAGUACAGCAAUGUUGGAACGACCUAUCCGAGCUGGUUACAGAGCUGGCCGCAAUACAAGUGUCGCCGCACGGUCAGAUGCCUUCAACACCUGCCAAUGGGAAGGCUCCUGGCGACCAGUCUCCCGAAAAUUUACAGAAGAAAACGCGGAUACUCGAUUUUGCUCAUGCUAAAAGAGCCGAAUUCAUUAAACUCCUUGUGCUAUCACAAUGGAGCCGGCAAGCUGGUGAUGUUAGUAGGUUGAUAGAUCUUCAAAAUUUCAUUCGCAACCGUCAUCAAGCUUUCAUGGACGCUCUGCAGCGGAUUGGAGACAUGAAGCGAGAUUUGGUACAAGCACAGGUGGCAAAUCCGGAUUUGAAAACGGCCUUGGAGGUCCUGUCGAAAGGCAGGGUGGUGUCCAUUACAGACCUCGGUUACGAAGCCCCCAAGCAGUUGACUGCUAAAGGUGCCUUGAAAAGAUUACACAAGAUCAACAGAAUCAUCAGUGCCAGACUUGCAUUACAUGAUACCAUACCUCGUCCGUUUCGAACAUAUCGUGUUCACGAUGGCCGUGCUACAUUUGUCGUACAAGGAGAAUUCGAACUCGACCUAUCUGUCGGGGAAGAGAGCAAGUCAUCCCAGUUCUUCUUCGUUGAUAUUCGCUUUCUCUUCUCCCCAUCAUCUCAUGUUCCGAAGGGUCGGCUUUCCAAUGAGCUCGAUGUCCAAGUCAAUGAUAGACUUCGUGAUAACGGUCUGAAAGGGUGUUUCGACUUUUUGCAUGGUUUGGUCUUGACCAAUAAAAUUACCAUACUUUUCAAGCAGGCUGUUGAACUAGCAAGAGGUCUUUGGUCAGAUGUUCUGCGCGUUGAAUUAUUGCACCGAACUUUGGUCGUACAAUACUGGGCUCUAAAGCUUGGAGCAAAGAGUUGGAUCGAAAUCGGAAUCAAGAGUGGCCGUAAACCCCAUGAUGUUAAGGACUCCGGGGUACCAUACUUAGCCUUGCGUUGGAUAAGAGAUGGUCAGGAAGUCGACAGUACAAGUGUGGAAUUCGACGCAGACGACCUUUCAAUGGAGAGACUUCUGCGCAGCAUCAUCGCGCUGCAUAUCUCUCAUCUGCUUUCGGCAACCUACAGCAUCCUGAAUCAACGUUCACUUUUUGCUACCGGCCUCCUGUCGUUACAAGCUCUUCUGAACACGAACGAACCCGGUAAAUGCCAGCUCUUGGCUCAACUCACUGUUUCCAGACAUCUUCGGGUUUCUAUCGAACCGAUGUCAGGAGCCAUCGUUUUGUCCGCUGAUCCAAGCCCUCUGGACCGGUCUGAAAGCGAUUCCAGCCUUGAGAAGUCCUCGGUAGAUGAUAUCGUUUCUCGCGUUUCUCGCCUUCGCUGCAUCGCUGCCUUGGAAGAAGCUGAAUCGACAGUCAAGAUUCUGGGCUUUGAAACAGUUAGUCCCAGGGGCCUAAAAGCCGAUGUACGGAAGAUAUUACCGCCGAAUAUUCUCCGCUUUGCCCUCUUUUGGCAUCCAUUCUGGGACAGAAGCUGGAUUGUCGCCGCUACCAGCAGCACAGACGGCGAUAGCUGGUGGGUAAUACACCUUCGCCGUCCCUCGGCCCUCGCAACAAGUGCUUUGAAUCUUGAUAAAGAUAUUCAUCGCGAAGCCACAGUUUGCUCAGGGCACGUCAUAAGCAAUACAUUUCUUGCUGUGCAGCAUCUGGCCCGUGAUUCAUCGUUUGCCGACCUCAGCCAUUGCCUCUCGGGCAUGGUGGCAAUUCAUGCCAAUGCUAGUUAUCUAGCCGAUUUGCGAUCGGUUGCCUUCCAGCCGCCCCUGCGCGCAUUGAAAUUCGAGUCCGGCCUUGAAGUGCCGAAUCUUUUAGUGCGUUAUCAAGUCUCCACCCUCCCUCGGGCCCUUCAACUCGUGUUCCCUGCGGGUGUGGGAAAGAAGGAUUUCAUAAGGAACACAGUCCGUGUCGCCUUUCACGGAAUCGACCAACGUAGGAAGGUCGUCAUAUUCGUGGCGUAUGGCAAUUUGUUGGUUCCCAUGAAAGAAUUAAGCACAUUGGUAUCAAAAUUGGACGGCUCGCUGGUUUUCAAACAAGAAGGUGAUAGCUUUGCCAUUCGACUUCUCGCUCCCGCUGGGCAACCUGUCAUCGUACAGCUCUUCGAAAGUCUACAGAGACUCGAGUGUAUGUUGUCGAUUUUCGAAUUUCUUCGACGAAAAAAACUUGUGAUCCGGUCGUUAUCAUUAUCCCAAGUUGCAUUUGCCUACGGGCCAAGAAGGAGUCUUGCUGCGGUCAUGGAUAUUGGGAUGUCGAAACUCUCGAAUUCUGAACAACUUGACCCUGUUGAUAUCUUAGCAAGGACCGAUCCCCUACUCCUCCUUCGUUUGGGAAUCCGAUUUGACCAUUCAAAUCCUCACCGCCGGAUCCAAGGAUCUCUCGCUGCCAUCUUGAAUCACACUUCAAAUAAAGCGGCCUUGGAUUCUGUUGCGGAAAUUCUCUCCUUCACGCUUCCCGCGAUGCGAACUCUAGACCAAAUCACAUCCAAUCUGUCUCGUGGAGAGCCGGCGAGACUGCAAGUAGUAGUGCGCAAUGCGUUCACCUUUUUGCUUCACUAUAUCAAUUACGCCUUGCGUUUUGAACUCACUGCCAGCCAGCACGCCGGCCGGUUGACCUGGGUGCUCAGAGAAUCGGGCGACCCCCAAGUAGGGCCAGGUCAAGAUCAAAUCAGGGCCAAAUUACGCGAUACAUUGUACAAUUCAAACGGAAACGGCUGGAAAGGUCUUGGGAAUGGAGUAGUUGCAGAUGUCGAGGGAGUCUGCAGUGUCAUUUCGAACCUUGACACAAGUUUCGCCGGUGCCCGGGAUAACCAAGAAACUUCGGGGGAUGUAAAGCCUACUGAAAGGUCCUUGAACCAAACGGACGUGAAAAAUCAUCGUGAUCAUGACUUCGACGCACAAGCCGCCAUGGACUACGACACGAGCGCAGUAGCGACGAAUUCUGCCGGCGCUAGAAGUUCUCAGCAAUGUGACGCUCCUCCCGAAGCUGCGGAUGUGAUUACGAUCGAUUAG